CACACACAGUGAUGACGGACCAGGACACGCUCGACGUGGACGAGCCCCCUCCAGCAUACAUGAUCUUCCUGCUGGUGUUCCUCUUCUUCAUCACGGGUCUUCUGGGAUUCCUGAUCUGCCACUGUCUGAAGAAGAAGGGCUACCGCUGCCAGCUGGAGGAGGACGAGGAAAACUGUGAAGACAAACUGGAGGCGGAGAAAGAUGAUGAAUCAGAAGACAGUCAAGACACAGUGGAACAAAUCCUGAAAUGCAUCAUUGAGAAUGAAGCCAAUAUGGAGGCUUUCAGAGAGAUGCUGGUUGGCCAAAAUGUUUGCGAACUUCACGAUCCACGCAGCUUGCGGCACAAAGAUAGCGUCGGUGGUCUUCCCCUUCACCAUCACACCGUUCAUCUGGGAGGAGAGAUCAGCUCGUGUGUUCACUGUAUGCAGAGUCACGUAUUAAAAACACGCCGCAGGAGCCGAGUGUCUCGAAGCAGAGCCCGGACGGGAGAGCAGACCGUGUUUUCUGUGGGCAGAUUUCGUGUCACUCACAUGGAGAAGAGGAACAGCCUGCAGGGUUCGAUGAAUCUUCCUACACCAAAGCCUGGGAACACAUCGAAUGACACAACUCUCUCAGACAGCAGGACGGGGCUUAAAGACACUUCCAAAAAACCUCCGGAGGAAUACAACAUCCGCAACAUGUUCAAAGAAGCUGGAGCGGUGAACGGCAAAGUCCCCAACCUCAGCAAACGCAAGAAAAGUGUGACACUGCUGGGCUUCUAUAAGUCUGGUAAUGCUGUGGAGACUAAAGCAGGACAGGAGGUGUUUGUGGAGGACAAGGAGUCGUCGAGCACCGCUGAUCAGUUAUCUGAAUGCUGGAGCUCCGGCGCUGCGUCUCCCACAGAUCUCACCAAAACCGCUUUAGAUAAAAACUCAAAUAAAGCCUGUGGGAGUCAAUUACAGGAGACUCUGAGAGAGAGCAGCCCAGAGAACCAGAAAACUGAUGAAGCCACUUUAAAAGAGAAACCACAGGACAAAAUAAGUGCAAACACAACGGUGAUUGUUGGUGAUGGUUCUAAUGGCAGCUCUAGGUUUUCUGUGAUACGGACUGUGGAAGAGACGAUCAUCACACCCGCAGCUAACACAGACAACAGAGAUGAUACGACAACACAUGAUGACCUGAAGACUGGACAAUAGACCCACAAACAUAACAUAAGAUGAUCAAAUUGAUUUUUGAGAAUGAGACUCAACUGGAAAACGUGUAAUUUGCCACAACGCUGCUUUUACCAGUAAUACACUUUAUAUGUGAAUUAAUUGCAUAAUGCAUCUAUAUAUGAUGGGCCUUAUUGAAAAGCAAUAUAUUAAAAUAACCUAUAUUGACAAUUUUGUGGUUUUCUGUUCACAAAUUUACCAAGCCACUUCAACAGCUUCAACACAGCUGAGUACAGUCAAGUCAACAAAACAGAUUGUGUCAAAGCAACUGAACAACAGUAAUCAGGAAAACAGUGUUUCAAU